AUGCAAUCCGCGAACGACCACAACAUGAGCGAUCCUGUGCUCCCGCCGCCUUUGGCUGCCACAGUGAAGAAGGACGCAAUCAGCCUUCGUACCGAGAACGAUCGGUUACAGGAGGAAAACCUCUCGCUUCGCCAAACCAAUGAUAUACUUAAGCGACAGGUCGAGGAACUGAGAAGCCUGAGGGAUCGCGGGUUAUUGCAUGAUCUCAAAGCAGCGUCACCGGAGGAUCUCUACCCGUCCGAGGAACUCAUGGACAUGUGCGCGCGGUUGCUGCCAGAAAUGCAUGCUAGGAUCGAUGAAGUGCUGAAGGAGACCGAGCAACGCAAGUUCACCGUGAUCGAUCGUGAUCAGGUACAGCGGGAACCGGCGUCGUCCAACCGCAUGCAGACGUCGAAUGCACAGGUGUGA